CUUCCGCGUGCAGGCCACGCCCCCCGCCCUCCGAGGCGGGGCUCCGAACCGAGCCGCGGGCUCCUACCCGACCGCGCCGCGCAGCGCCGCGCGCCCCCAGCCUGGCUCCGCGGGGCUCCCCGGGCCGUUCCCGCCGCCGCGGUGGGCGCUCCCGGGUCCCCGGCGGCACCAAGGGCGGCGGCAUGUCCGACCCCAGCUACUGGACGGCCGUGGCGGCCCCCGGGCACCGGAGCCGCCUGGCCAAGGGCGCGCUGCUGCAGCGGUCCAAGAGCUGCCGCAGCGGGAACCGCAAGAGCCUCGUUGUCGGGACCCCGUCACCCACCCUCUCCAGGCCCCUGUCUCCGCUGUCUGUCCCAACUGGUAGCAGCCCUUUGGACAGUCCCCGGAACUUCUCGGCGGUGUCUGCCCUCAACUUCCCCUUUGCUCGAAGGGCGGACGGCAGAAGAUGGUCCCUUGCAUCCCUCCCAUCUUCCGGCUAUGGAACCAACACGCCCAGCUCCACUGUCUCGUCAAGCUCAUCCUCCCGCGAGCGCCUCCACCAGCUCCCGUUCCAGCCAACGCCCGACGAGCUGCGCUUCCUGUCCAAGCAUUUCCGCAGCUCCGAAUGUGUCCUGGACGAGGAGGGUGGCCGCUCCCCGCGCCUGCGUCCACGCUCCAGGAGCCUCAGCCCAGGCCGGGCCACUGGGACUUUCGACAACGAGAUCGUCAUGAUGAACCACGUGUACCGGGAGCGCUUCCCCAAGGCCACGGCGCAGAUGGAAGGCCGCCUGCAGGAGUUCCUGGCCGCCUUCGAGCCCGGAGACCUGCUGGCCCUGGCCGACGGUGUCCUGGGCUUCAUCCACCACCAGAUCGUCGAGUUGGCCCGCGACUGCCUGGCCAAGUCCCGCGAGGCCCUCAUCACUUCCCGCUACUUCCUGGAGAUGCAGGAGAAGCUGGAGCGGCUGCUGCUGGAUGCCCAUGAGCGCUCAGACAGCGAGGAGGUAGGCUUCGUAGUCCAGUUGGUCCGAAAGCUUCUGAUCAUCAUUUCGAGGCCUGCCAGACUCCUGGAGUGCCUGGAAUUUGACCCUGAGGAGUUUUACCACCUGCUGGAGGCCGCGGAGGGCCAGGCCCGAGAAGGGCAGGGCAUCAAGACAGACUUGCCCCGGUACAUCAUCGGGCAGCUGGGCCUGGCCAAGGACCCGUUGGAAGAGAUGGUGCCUCUGGGUCACCUGGAUGACAGCAGUGGCGGACAGGCCCCAGCCCCCGAGUCCCCCGAGAACCGGGCGCUGGUCGGCCAGUGUCGGAGGAAACCCUGUGAGAAUGACUUUGAGACCAUCAAACUCAUCAGCAACGGGGCCUACGGCGCCGUCUACCUGGUGCGGCACCGCGAGACCCGCCAACGCUUCGCCAUCAAAAAGAUCAACAAGCAGAACCUGAUCCUGCGCAACCAGAUCCAGCAAGUGUUCGUGGAGCGCGACAUCCUCACCUUCGCCGAGAACCCCUUCGUGGUCAGCAUGUUCUGCUCCUUCGAGACCAAGCGGCACCUCUGCAUGGUCAUGGAGUACGUGGAAGGCGGCGACUGCGCCACGCUGCUCAAGAACAUGGGCCCGCUGCCCGUGGACAUGGCGCGCAUGUACUUCGCCGAGACGGUGCUGGCGCUGGAGUACUUGCACAACUACGGCAUCGUCCACCGGGACCUCAAGCCCGACAACCUGCUCAUCACCUCGCUGGGCCACAUCAAGCUGACGGACUUCGGCCUGUCCAAGAUCGGGCUCAUGAGCAUGGCCACCAACCUGUACGAGGACCACAUCGAGAAGGACACCCGAGAGUUCGUGGACAAGCAGGUGUGCGGCACCCCGGAGUACAUUGCGCCCGAGGUGAUCUUUCGCCAGGGCUACGGCAAGCCCGUGGACUGGUGGGCGAUGGGCGUCAUCCUGUAUGAGUUCCUAGUGGGCUGCGUGCCCUUCUUCGGGGACACGCCCGAGGAGCUCUUCGGCCAGGUGGUCAGCGAUGAGAUCAUGUGGCCAGAGGGGGAUGAGGCCCUGCCCGGGGAUGCCCAGGACCUCAUCACCCGGCUGCUCCGCCAGAACCCGCUGGACCGUCUGGGCACUGGUGGCACCCCCGAGGUGAAGCAGCACCCCUUCUUCCGCUUGCUGGAUUGGGCCGGGCUCCUGAGGCACAAGGCGGAGUUUGUGCCACAGCUGGAGGCGGAGGACGACACCAGCUACUUUGACACACGCUCUGAGAGGUACCGGCACGUGGGCUCCGAGGAUGAGGAGACCAAUGAUGAGGAGGCGUCCGCCGACAUCCCCCAGUUCUCCUCCUGCUCCCACCGCUUCAGCAAGGUCUACAGCAGCUCCGAGUUCCUGGCCGUCCUGCCCACCCCAAACGUGGUCGAGAGGACUCUCAGCGUGGACCGCGAGGAUCCCUGGGACCGCAGCGAGGUGGACUUGGGCCGGCGCAAGAGCAGUGCCGAGAUCCGGUUUCGUCCCAGCCCAUCCUCAGGUGCCUCAGGCCCCUCCUCCUCCUCACAGCCCGAACGGGGCCCCAGCCCGUCUUUCCUGAACACCAUCAGCCUGGACACCAUGCCCAAGUUUGCCUUCUCCUCCGAGGAUGAGGCCACGGGCCCAGCCCCGGGCGGUCCCCAAAAGCCUGUCUUUAUUCUGGGGGAUUCUGAGCCGCUCCCUGGGACCAACCCUGGGGUGUCAAAACCCUUGAACCUUUCAGCGGAAACGGCCGCUCUCAGCCAUGCCCGCCUACGGAGCAACAGCACCGGCGCCCGCCACUCCACUCCUCGGGCCAUCGACGCUGCCCGGGGCCGCCGGCUGGGUGCCCCCCGCGAUCCGGGCGGCGACAAGGCCAGGGCAGGGGCGUCAGGGGGCCGCGUGCCCAAGUCGGCGUCCGUGUCUGCCCUGUCCCUCAUCAUCACGGCAGACGACGGCAGCGGCGCCCUCAUGAGCCCCCUGUCCCCGCGCUCGCUCUCGUCCAACCCGUCAUCCCGGGACUCGUCCCCGAGCAGGGACCCGUCCCCCGUGUGCGGCCCCCUGCGCGCCCCGAUCGUCAUCCACAGCUCGGGCAAGAAGUACGGCUUCAGCCUGCGCGCCAUCCGAGUCUACAUGGGCGACAGCGACGUCUACACCGUGCACCAUGUGGUCUGGAGCGUGGAGGAUGGGAGCCCCGCCCAGGAGGCCGGGCUGCGGGCAGGGGACCUCAUCACGCAUGUCAAUGGCGAGUCGGUCCUGGGGCUGGUGCAUAUGGACGUGGUGGAGCUGCUGCUGAAGAGUGGAAGCAAGAUCACGCUGCGCACCACGGCCCUGGAGAACACGUCCAUCAAGGUGGGGCCUGCGCGCAAAAACGUGGCCAAGGGGCGCAUGGCACGGCGGAGCAAGCGCAGCCGCCGGCGGGAGACGCAGGACCGUCGCAAGUCCCUGUUUAAGAAGAUCAACAAGCAGACGUCGUCCGUCCUCCACACCAGCCGCAGCUUCUCCUCCGGCCUCCACCAGUCCCUGUCGUCCAGCGAGAGCCCUUCCGGCUCCCCGACCCACAGUCUGUCGCCCAGCCCCACCACCUCCUGCCGAAACCCCGCGCCCGACGCCCCCGCAGACACCUCGUCCCCACCCAGCGUGUCCCCGGUGUCCAGCAGCCCCGCCUCGCCCGCCACGGCCAGCCAUGCGCGGCCCAGCUCCCUGCACGGUCUGGUCAGCAAGCUGGGCCCCCCACGGCACAAGACGGGGCGCCGCAAGUCCACCAGCAGCAUCCCGCCGUCCCCGCUGGCCUGCCUGCCUGUGGCCAGCACAGCGCCCCGCGCACCCUCCCCGCUGCCCGGGCACCCCUUGGUGCCCGCCCGCUCCCCCAGGCUGCGCCGGGGCCAGUCGGCUGACAAGCUGGGCUCGGGGGAGCGGCUGGACGCCGAGUCGUCGGGGCGCCGGGGCGCGGGUGGCACCCGGGCCGGGCAGGACUCGGAGCUGGUGGUGAUGCGACGGCUUCACCUGUCGGAGCGUCGCGACUCUUUCAAGAAGCAGGAGGCCGUGCAGGAGGUGAGUUUCGAUGAGGAGCCCACAGGGUCCAACGCCAGCAGCCCGCCCCAGGCCGCCCAGGACUGAGCCCCGGCCCGGGCACCCCUGGAACGAUGGUCCACGCAAAGGGACACCUGGAUUGAUGGAGGAUGGACUUGUGGGGCCUGUGGAAGCUCCCCGACACCCAGGUCCCGCCUGGGGCCUGCAGGACAGUGCAGAUGCCGACGGCCAUUCUCCAAGUUCUGGAAGCGCCGUCCAGGCGUGCGACAGAGACAGAUGUGUUGUAAAUAGCGCUAAUGUCCCCCACCCCUGGCCAAAAAUGCCCCACGACUAAUUUAUUACUUUUUAUAAGUGACAGCCAGGCUGAUUCGAUCUGCUAAAGACACACUGUUCAGGGUCGUUCAAGCCUGGGACACCCACCCACCCACCACCACCCCAUCACCCCGUUUGACAAACUCGCCUUCCCACUCUCCACCCAGGCCCAGAAAGAAGGAAGGAAGCCUCUUUGGGCGCAGCCCCUCCUGUGUGUGUUCGUGUUUUCUGGUUGGUCU